CUCUUGAUCUCUGGAGCCGAAUCAGAUCGAACAUGGGAGAAUCUUCUUCAAAUUUCGCAGUAAAAACAGUGGCACAUACCGGUUGAUUGAAGCGAACUCCAAGGAAGAUGGCGUCGAUAGCAAGGGAGAGCAACAGCGAAAAACUUGUGAUCGCGAAGACAAAUCACGUGGAAGAAGAUGACCUUUCAGCGGAGGAGACUUGGAGAGUGAGAAAGAGACACAGGAAAGCUUUUGAACGUGGUAAAACCUUUGAUAAGUCUUAA